UGCAACAGCUCCAGCGCCAAUGCUCAUUGACUCGACGUCUGAGUUUACUAGCGCUGAUGAUACUACUACACCUGCCCGCACAUCAAACUUGGAUAUUCUCGUGCCUGUCACCACCACACCUACUCGCUCGAGAAGACCCGUCAAGCGAGCUACGACAUCGAGGCCUCGAAUCUGGUAAGUACCAAUCAUAUUCCUAUUGUACACUUACUCCCGCGCUCUACCCAGGUUGCCGAUUGUGUGUGGACCGCGAACACAGUCGACGUUUUCGCAAAGUUCUCCAGUGGCACGCUGCAUUAGCUCGGCUUUGCGUAUCGUCAGCGGGGGCAGGUAGUAGGACGGAGGCGCUGGUGCAAAUGGGCAGGCGGGUAGCCUAUUUUUAGUGUUUUUUUGUUGUUGCUUUGUUGCAGUCUAAAUGCAUUGUUUUUCGUCAAUUUGCGUCAAUACGAUCUGAGAAC